CUCAGUGCUUUCAGUGACUUCCUCUGCCGCCGUUCAUCCUGUCCGGGUCUUCCCAUCCUUCCUGAUCGUACCACAUGAACAUGACGGCGGUGAGGAGGAAGAGGAAGCUCUCACGGCAGCUCCCGCUGCCGCGCCUCCUGGCCGUCGCAUUCGCCUUCGCCGGGACCCUCCUCUUCCUCGCCAUAGUGCUCCUCUCCACCUCUCCUCCCUCGCCAUCACCCCACCGCCACAUUGUCGCCACAGGAUUCUCGUCCUCGCGGCGGCCGCCUCCCUGCGGCGCGGUGAGCCUAGGGGAGCUCGGCGACAUGAUGGUGUCCAUGGUCCCCAAGGGCCUCCCCUUCACCGUCUUCGUGCCCUCGACGGAGUCGUUCCUCCGCGUCCUCAAGCUGCGGCCCAACGGCAGCGGUGCCGCCGAGGGGGAGACGGCCAGCGACACCAGCACAUACGCCGUCCUCUCCCGCGUCCUCGGCUUCUCCGCGGUCCCGCGGCGCGUGCUCUCCGCGGACGUGCCUCCGCGCGGGGCGGUGCGACUACUGGACUCCGUGUCCGGGCUGAGGAUCUACGCCUCGAGGGACGCGAGCGGGGCGCUCGUCGUCAACGGCGUGCGGUCGGAGUGCGUGGAUAUCGUCAGGGGCGAGGCCGUGGUGCAUGUCAUGGCGGGCGUCCUCAUGGAUGCCGACUUUGAGCGGUCUUCAUCUCCGGAAUUUGGCGAUUACUCAUGGACCGUUCGCUAUGUAAGACACUUCUGUUCUUGUUUUAUGCAACAAGCUCAAUUGUAG